AUGUCUGAAUCGCAGAGUCGAGCCGACAAGCUGGCGAUAGCAAAGAAAAAGCUUAAAGAGUUUGAAGCUCGACGACAUCGUGAAUCUGACUCAUCGCCUGUUCCAAGCGUUGCAUCCACCACGGAGCACAAUGUGAACAAUGGACGCCUAUCCGUAAAUAGCAAUCACUCGCACAGUGGUGAGUAUCAGUUUAAGCAUAAUCUCAGUACUAUAUUUUUAAAACAAUAAUU